AUGCCAGCGGACUCAGUGGUUAUUGAGGAUGUGGCUGUGGAGUUUACCCAGGAAGAGUGGGCUUUACUGGAUCUUGCUCAGAGGAAACUCUACAAAGAUGUGAUGAUAGAAACCUUCAGAAACCUAGCCUCAGUAGUCAUUGGGACAGUUUCUCAAACACUCAAUGAUGGAAAAAACUUAUCCAGUAAAUAUCUAAUAGUAGAAUUCAUGAAGAAUGACACCUGGUCCUCCAUGUUAGGAGAUAUUUGCAAAUUGCAUGACAUUGAAGAUCAGCAUAAAAAUCAGGGGAGACAUAAGAGAAGGCAUAUAAUAAAGAACCUUUUUGAAAGUAAUGAAGAAAAUCAAGGUGGAAAAACUUACAGACGGAUUCCAAAUCUUGCCGUGUUCAAAAGAACUCCUGCUAUUAUAAAUUCUUCUGAGUGCCAUGAGUGUGGAAAAUCCUUCAUCAAUCAUUCAUCACUUAAACGUCAUAUCAGAUCUCAUUCUGAUUGCAAUACUUAUCGAUAUAAGACAUGUAAAGAAGCCUGCAUUUGUCCCUCUGACCAAAGUAUUCCUGUAAGAACUCUUACUGAAGAGAAACCCUAUAAAUGUAAGGUAAAAACACUCACUGGAGAGAAACCCUAUGAAUGUAACAAAUGUGGGGAAGAUUUCUGUAGUUUCUUAUCCUUUCAGACACAUGUGAGAGGUUGUAAGCGUGAAUGUAAAGAAUGUUGGAAAACCUAUCCCUCAUCACUCCUUUUAUGUAAAAAAUUUCAUAGUGGAGAUAAGCCUUACAAAUGUAAAGAAUUUGGGAAAGGCUUCAGUGAUUCCUCAUCCUUCACUAUACAUAUAGGAACUCACAGUGGAGAAAGGCAGUGUAAGCACUGUGGAAAAGCUUUUAGUAAUUCCUCAGCCCUUGCCACACAUCAAAGAACCCACAGUGGAGAGAGGCCUUAUGAAUGUAAGGAAUGUGGGAAAGUCUUUAGUUGUUCCUCACACCUCACUUCACAUAUAAAAUCUCACAGUGGAGAGAGGCCUUACAAAUGUAAGGUAUGUGGGAAAGUCUUCAGUUUUUCUUCAUCUCUCACUCAACAUAUAAGAACUCAUAGUGGAGAGAGGCCAUAUGAGUGUAAGGAAUGUGGGAAAGCCUUCAGUCAAUCUGCAACGCUUACUUCACAUAUAAGAGUUCACACUGGAGAGAAACCUUAUGAAUGUAAGGACUGUGGGAAAGCCUUUAGUCAGUCCUCAGCACUCACUUCACAUAAAAGAGUUCACACUGGAGAGAAGCCUUAUGAAUGUAAGGAAUGUGGUAAAGUCUUCACUUUUUCCUCAUCCCUCACUGAACAUAUAAGAACUCAUAGUGGAGAAAAGCCUUAUGAAUGUAAGGAAUGUGGGAAAACCUUUAGUCAGUCCUCCCACCUCACUAUCCAUGUAAGAACUCACAAUGGAGAGAGACCUUAUCCAUGUAAGGAAUGUAGAAAAGCUUUUAGUGAUUACUCAUCCCUCACUAGACAUAUAAGAACUCAUAGUGGAGAGAAGCCUUAUGAAUGUAAGGAGUGUGGGAAAGCCUUUAGUUGUUCCUCUUCCCUCACUAAACAUAUAAGAACUCAUAGUGGAGAGAGGCCUUAUGAAUGUAAGGAAUGUGGGAAAGCCUUUAGUCGUUCCUCACACCUCACUUCACAUACAAAAACUCACAGUGGAGAGAGACCUUAUGAAUGUAAGGAAUGUGGGAAAGCCUUUAGCGAUUACUCAUCCCUAACUAAACAUACAAGAACUCAUAGUGGAGAGAGGCCUUAUGAAUGUAAGGAAUGUGGGAAAGCCUUUAGACAGUCUGCAACUCUCACUUCACAUAUAAGAGUUCACACUGGAGAGAAGCCUUAUGAAUGUAAGGAAUGUGGGAAAGCCUUCACCUUCAGUCAAUCCUCAGCCCUUACUUCACAUAUAAGAGUUCACACUGGAGAGAAGCCUUAUGAAUGUAAGGAAUGUGGGAAAGUCUUCAGUUGUUCCUCAUCUCUCACUAAACAUAUAAGAACUCAGGAGCCUUACGAAUGUAAGGUAUGUGGGAAAGUCUUCAGUUGUUCCUCAUCCCUCACUAGACACAUAAGAACUCACAGUGGAGGGAGGCCUUAUUAAUUUAAGGAAUGUCAGAAAGGCUUUUUUCACUCAGUUCUUUACUACAGUGCAGAGAGACAUUUUAUAUAAGGAAUGUGGGAAAGCUGUUAUUUAUACCACUUAUCUCACAGAACACAAGGCAUAGUGGAGACAAACCUGAAUGUAAGAAAUGUGGAACUGUAUUUAGUUACUCUUUUUCUGUAGAUGAGAAUUGUGUGUUUUCUUAAACAUCGUUCAAGUUUUUGUAUUUUUUCCGUGCAUAAGUUAGUAUGUUCUCCUUAUGGAAAAUUUAUUUUAAAUAAAAUGGAAAACCAAAAAUUAUUUAGAAUCUAACCACUGUUGAUCUUUUGUGUACUUCCUUUCAGCUUUCCUUGUGUUUGGAUCACAGGAAAAGCAAUCAUGGUGUAAUGUUGUGUUAAAGGCAGAGUUACAGAAUAGUGUUUACGUGAUGAUAUCAGUUUGUAAAACAUUUACAUAUUAAUGUACAUUUUACAAAUACCAAAAAAGCAUCCUGUAGAGAUAGUCCAUUCUAGAACAUUAACAGGGAUUUUCCCCUGAAAGUGAGAUUUUGAUUGAUUUCUUUUCUCAUUUUGCUUCCCCCAAUUUUCAAUUUUUUAACAGUCAUUAAUCAUUGCUUAUGAAAAAUUUCACCAUAUUUUAAAAUUUAAAAACGGCAAUUCACUUCUGGAAUCUGAGUUGACAA